UUGAAACUUAAUAAACUUAAUAACAAUAAUUUUUGUGGAAUUGAAAAAUAAGAUUAACUAUAAUAUUACGCAACGAGCUAGGCACUCUAUCUACUUAAUCCGUCACUGGGCGGAUCUCGGUGUUUUCCAAAUCAGCUGUUAGUCGCCGGUGAAGGGUGACUCGUGAGUCGCAUAGUGGGGACCCGUCAGUCGGCUUCGAGUCUUGGGCCGGUGCGCAUCGUGUUUUGUAGACAGCGCACCACGUCCCAUAGUAUUUUGUGUACGCGUAAACUAUGUAAGUAGUCUCGUGUUCGCAUAUCGUCUUUCUUAUUUCAUUGCGUGCAUAAAUAUUGUUUCAUAGUACAUUCGUGAUCAUCUGUGAUGUAUCAGUCAAGUGAAAGUGGAACGAGAGCUAUUGUGUAAAACAACUUUUUAAAAAACAUUCGUAUUCCACGUUAUUUCCACUAUUUAUUAUUUGCUCGUGUUGAGUGCGUAGUGAAAAACAUCAAGAAAUAUCGAGUUUUGUGUGAUACUGAUCGCGUAAAAAUCUGCUAAAUAUAAUAUUCUUUUUUGCAUGCUAUAAUCAAAUCAUUAGUUGAAUACCAAUCGCUCCGUGAAACCAUAUGCUCUUGAUAUUACGUACGGUACACUAGUGGAAACUUCCAUGUAUCGAUGAAGGGGAACACUGUAGCGUACAGUGGAAGCGCUGCAAGUAUUUAAAAAUAAAUACCAACGCAAAGUUGUGUCCUGUUUAACGGUGAGGCGGUGCUUGACGGCACGGUGUAUCGAAAACAUUAGAUCAUCGGAACACGUGGCAGCAGUCACGGUUAAUCCAUCCUGUUUUUUACGGCUCCUCUUCCUAAAUCAACAUAACACCCACUGAGGGAGAAGCAGAUCGCACAGAUAUUCACGAAGGUGGCCAAGGCCGAGGCUUGCACUCCGUACAAGGUAUACGAUCGUAGAAUCAUAAAAAUCAUCGAUAACCAAGCGCUUCGAAAACACACGUUAUUCAGCUCGCUCGAGGCGGAGCGAACGUUCGCUCGUUGCACGGUCGUGAAACAGCCGAGUUCCGUGUUUUUAAAAAAAAGCGCGGGAAAAAGCAUCGACGAAUAUUCAGCUGUCACGAAGCGGUGUUUCGAAGAAUCGACUCGAUCCAAGCUGCAAGAAAGUCGCAUUCCACGAGCAACGACAGUUGGCGGUGGGAACUGAUUGGUGAAAAAAGAAAAAAAAAAAAAAAAGAAAGGGUGAGAAGAGGGAGAUCCUCGUUGAAGCGGAUCAUGCGGAUGAUCGUCCGGUUGACCUGAUCGUUCUCGUGUCUUGUUCAUUCACAUAGCUGUGACCGCGUUAUGCAGUGAUAUCCUCCCUUAAGGGAACCUCGUGAUUGUGAAAGAGAAGAAUCAUGUCGAAGAGUGGUGAGUCGUCAGCAGGUACCACGAAGAACCCAGAGCACGAGAGCGGUUACUUCGAGGAUGGAAGUGACGUGGAAACGAUCGUUGAGGAGCCGAUUAUCAUUGAAGAAAGGAACUACGGAUCGACCUGUUACAGAUUAUCUAAGGACAUCGACGACUUCGACAUGAGGGACUUCAACGAGCCAGUUCCUGAUUACGACGAGGACAGAGCGUCUUUCAAGAUUGAGUCCGUUGAUGAUGUAAACCUGGCAGACAGCGGAGGCCAGAGGGUUGACAUGACGCACUUCGAUCUUCUGAAAGUCCUUGGAACCGGAGCUUACGGAAAGGUGUUCCUGGUGCGCAAAAGAACUGGAACCGAUGCAGGCAGACUCUACGCCAUGAAAGUCUUGAAGAAAGCGUCCAUCGUCCAGAGAAAGAAGACGACCGAGCACACCAAGACGGAGAGACAAGUUCUGGAGGCCGUUCGGGACAGUCCUUUUUUAGUUACAUUGCAUUAUGCCUUUCAAACGGACGCAAAGUUACAUCUGAUUUUAGAUUAUGUCAGCGGCGGCGAGUUGUUUACGCAUCUGUAUCAACGGGAACAUUUUAGCGAGGACGAAGUACGAAUCUAUAUCGGCGAAGUUAUUUUGGCGCUGGAGCAUCUACAUAAACUGGGUAUAAUUUACAGAGACAUUAAACUGGAGAACAUUCUGUUAGACAAAGAGGGUCAUAUCGUGUUAACAGAUUUUGGAUUAAGCAAAGAGUUCCUGCCGCACGAAAGGGACAGCAACGCCCGUGCUUACUCCUUUUGCGGAACUAUCGAGUACAUGGCACCGGAAGUGGUACGAGGGGGCUCGGCGGGCCACGAUAUUGCAGUGGACUGGUGGAGUGUAGGCGUACUCACUUAUGAGCUGCUGACUGGCGCCUCGCCUUUUACGGUCGAAGGCGAGAAGAAUACGCAACAGGACAUCUCGCGUCGAAUACUGAAAACAGAUCCUCCUAUUCCCAGCCAUCUCAGCCCAAUUGUUCGAGAUUUUAUUCUUCGUCUUCUCGUCAAAGAUCCACGACAACGACUCGGUGGAGGGCCAGGAGACGCCAAAGAAUUGAAGGAGCAUCCUUUCUUCAAAAAAGCGCCAUCAUCGUUCAGCUGGGAAGCUCUCGAAAAACGUGAAAUUCCUCCUCCGUUUGUUCCUCAAAUCGCCCAUGAACUAGACACCAGUAAUUUCUCGGAUGAAUUUACAAAAAUGAUCGCAGCUGAUAGCCCAGCCGUAGUUCCGCCCAAUUAUGACAAAAUUUUUAGAGGUUAUUCCUACGUGGCACCAUCUAUAUUGUUUGGAGAAAAUGCAGUUAGUAAAGAUAUUUUCAAGGAAGCCACGAAAAUCAAUACAGAGUCUCAAAGACCGUCAACAUCGGAUGUAUUGGCAGCCAGGUUCGAGGAGUCCACAUUUUUUCAGAGUUACGAGAUAGACCUUCGAGAAGAAGCCUUAGGAGAUGGUAGUUUUUCAGUUUGUCGCAAAUGUAGACAUAGGAAAACGAUGGAAAUAUUCGCUGUAAAGAUUGUUAGUCGCAGGAUCGACUGUGGAAGAGAAGCAAGUUUGUUAAGAAGUUGUCAAGGUCACCCAAAUAUAGUCAAAUUAAUCGAAGUUCAUCAGGACAGAGCGCACACGUACUUGAUAAUGGAACUGUUAUAUGGAGGAGAAUUAUUGAGAAGGCCAAGACCCUUCAGUGAUCAGCAAGCUAGUAGAAUAAUGCGACAGUUAGCUUCCGCGGUUCAAUUCAUGCACUCCAGAGGUGUAGUUCAUCGUGAUUUGAAACCAGAGAAUAUAGUAUUUGCCCAUGAGGCAGAGGAUUCGCCAGUAAAGAUUGUAGAUUUUGGUUUUGCCAGGAUAAAACGUGGCUGCGAGCCUCUACAUACACCCUGUUUCACUCUCCCAUAUGCAGCUCCAGAAGUAAUUGCUAGACAAGGCUAUGAUCAAAGCUGUGAUCUCUGGAGUUUAGGCGCUAUUUUAUAUUCAAUCUUGUCUGGAAAACCGCCAUUUAGAUCAGGCUCUCUAGAUUUAGCAACUAGAAUCAGAGCAGGUGAAAUUGAUUUCGAUAGUGAAUCUUGGAAUCACGUGUCUAACCUUGCUAAACAAGUUGCCAAAGGCUUGUUAACCGUGGACCCGAGCGAAAGACUGACAGCCAGCGAACUGGCAAAUCAUCCUUGGUUACAGGAAUCAAAUUCAUUCGACGUGGCUAAUUCAUAUGACGUAACUGUAUUGGAUAAUUCGAAUGCUUUGCUGGAGAAACCAGAAGGCUUCCGAUUGCGUGAAGUAGAUGGUGCAAGGCUUGCACAGCGCAGGAAGCUACACAAGCGUUCCACUUCUAGUUCUGUAUCGUCAUCUGCUUCUACAACAUCAUCGAGUCCCUCUGUACAGCUCCUUCGACCACCUAGUAACGCUACUAACGUUGCAACAUCCGUUUCACCAGCCCAACCGAACGCUUUUGAUUUCGGUGAAGACAAAGUAAAUGAAUAUCUCAGUUCCUUAUCCUCCUCUUCCGAUUCAAAUUCACCGAGGAUUAUACAUCAAGAACCAUCUAAAAAACGACAUAAGCGAGAUGAAAAUGAGGAAACAAAAUCAAAAAAAUAUAAAAAACAAAACGUCCAAUAUACAGAAAUUUAUAAAAAUAGGACUGGUCCAGUGACCAGGUCUAGAAAAAGAAAAUUAGAAGAACAGACUAUAAAUGAAGAUGAAUUAUCGGUGUUAGAGCCCUGUGAAACAACUCAUGUAGAUUUCAGAGAGAUCCAUCGAAAACAGAAGGCAGGAAAGCGGCCCAAGAGGUUAACUACUAUUACCGUGGAAUAGAUAAAAUUUGCAUCAUCUUCUUUUCAUAUUUCUCCUAUAUAUAUAUAUAUAUAUAUAUAUAUAUAUAUGUGUAUGCAUUUCACGUAAUGUUGCAACGUUGGCUGCCUUCGACGCUCGAAUUGAUUCGGGUAACAUACAUUGCGUCAUUCCUAUUUCCAGGACUUUGCUUGGGAACCGUUGGAAUUUUGUAUGAGUUCAUAUAAGCGAUUCUAUUUUUAUUAUUAAUAUUUAUUUAAAUAUUUUAAUAAUACUUUAUCAUUGAUAUUAACGAAAAAGUGUUUAAAUUUUAUUAUUAAUUAAUUUAUUUAGCAUUUUAGAUAAUGUCAAUUAGAUAUUAAGGUUAUGUGAAUAGUAUAAAACUAGAUAGCAAAACUAAAUAUUUCUUUAUAGCCAUGUAACUUUAUUUUAUAAUAUAAAAUUUUAGAUAUAAAGAUAAAUUAGUAUAAAAAAUUAUAGUAAAUAAUUUAAAAGUAGUAUAAUAAUUUAAAAUUAGUUUAAUAUUUUACAAUUAGUAUAACAAUUUAAAAUUAAUGUUUAGAUAUUAAAUUAUUUAGAUUAGAAAUAUUUAGAUAUUUUAAUGAACCCGUACAAGAUUCAAUAUGGCGUGUUCCUAACUUUAAUUAAUUUUUCUUUUUUCGCAUUAUCUGUGAUCACUUGUGUAAAAAUGAAAAACUAACGAAACAUAAAAGUCGUCGAAAUUCUUUCGACUUUUUUAUUAACCCUCGCUCUAACAUUGAUCUUUCUUGGAUGAAGAAAAGAAAGAAAAAGAAAUAAAACAAAGAAUGAGGGAAAAUGUAAAGCAAAUGAACGAUUUUGUGAAAAAACAUAAAAAUAUUUAAUAAAAAUUCGAUUCGUGAAAAUUACUCAUAGAAAAUGUGCCUCAGAAAGACGAUUUAUAAGAUGAUGAAUGUGGUGUACAUGCGUUUUGAAGCGAUAAAGAAAUAGAUUUUGGAAAAAUGAAAAUUUAUCUAUUUGAAGUAUAAUAGAAAGAUAAAUAAAAAAAAAAGAUGGGAGAAAUGCGUGUACCUUUUAGUUAUUAUAUUAAGAGAAGAAUAAA